GUCCUUCUGUCCUUGAACCUGCCCCCUCUUCUCUCCUUACCCGCCCCAUAACGACCACCAUGUUCAACAAGCUCGCUGCUCUUGCCCUCAUUGCCCCUCUGGCGUCGGCUCUGACGCUCAACACCCCCACCACUAGUGUCACGAACGGUGCCCAGGUCACCAUCACCUGGACCGCCACUACCGAGGACCCCUCGACCUUUUCGCUCGAGCUCGUCAACACCGUAUUCCACAACGCUUACGCUCUUGUGAGCACUGUCCAGACCGCCUCCGGCUCGGCCACCUUCGAGCUGCCCACUGUCCCCGUCGGCAGUGGCUACUCCUUUGAGGCCAUCAAGAUUGGCGACAUCAACACCGUCUACAGUAACACGCCCCAGUUCGACAUUGGCCAGGCCACCGCCUCCCCCUCGAGCACGGCCUCCGUCUCGAGCCAGACCCUUCCUUCGAGCUACAACCCUACGAGCACCGGCUCUCAGCUCCCGCGAGCAGCAGUGCCAGCAGCGCUACGAGCUCCUCGCCAAGCAGCACCCCCUCGAGCUUCAACAGUGGCGGUGCCGUCGGUUCCUUCAGCCUGCACGCUGCCCCCAUCGCCGCGUUCCUCGUCUCGGCCGUUGCUGGUGCCGCCUUCAUCUUCUAAGCGGCUUGCUUCUAGGAGCAUCAGCCAUCGGACGGAUAUAUGGGGCAGCUUCUUAUAACCCCUCGCCCCACACGCAGGUUUCGGGCGUGAAAAACUAGAACUAGGACACGGUUUCACUCAGUUUCGGUUCGGUUUGACGCGUUCGCUUUUAUAUUUUCCCAUCACUUUUUCUCAUUUACGCAUUGGACGAUCAUAGCUAUAUAGCGAUAAUAGCUCCCCAUCUCUUCUCAGACACUUUGUUUGGACUUUUGGACAGACUUUCGGUCGUUGAUGGCGGGGUGUUGGAGUUUACUUGGAUACUUUAGUUGUUGUGGGUGACGAUUUCGGAGGAGC